AUGGGAAGUAACCCUAGCAAAAGUACAUUCACUGAUCUUGAAAUCAAGCAAGAAUCUGUUAAUAAUGCUGAUUGUGACUAUACAGCAAAUGAAAAACAUAAUAAUGUUGAUGGUGACAAUACAGCAAAUGAUAAACAGAAGAACGUUGGUGGUGACAAUACAGCAAAUGAUAAACAGAAUAAUGUUGCUGGGCCUUUAGUUGUGAUAGCAAUAGACUUUGGAACUGUAUAUUCAGGAUUUGCAUACUCAUUUCAUGGAAACGAACAGGAAAUAACAUCGGCAAAACACGGAACCUUCCUCGAAGAGGACCGGGUACCAACCAUUAUUCUUCUGAAUCCUGAUCAAACUUUUCAUUCAUUUGGAUAUGAUGCACAGAGAAAAUAUCAUGAAUUACGUGGAGAAGUGAAACAAAACUACUUUUAUAUUGAACAUUUCAAAAUAGCACUUUACAAAACAAAUGAAAUUUCACGUAACAUUGAUAUAUAUGACAUAACUGGAAAAGCAGUUAAAGCAAUGAAGGUAUUUUCUGUGGCUAUUGAAAAUUUGAAAAAUCUUGCAUUGAGGGCAGUAUCUCUUGCAAAGCUUGAUUUAUCAGAAUCAAGUAUUCAAUGGAUGAUUACUAUUCCAGCUAUUUCUUCUGAUUCUGCCCGACAGUUUAUGCGUGAGGCAGCCAGGGAUGCUGGGAUUCCUGAGAACCAGCUGCGUCUUGUCCUGGAACCAGAAGCUGCUGCCUUGUAUUGCCAACGAAAAAUGCUGGUUGUAGGUGAUAGACUUCCAGUUGGAUUUAAGUAUAUUUUGGCUGAUCUUGGUGGUGGGACAUCAGAUUUAUGUGUACAUGAAGUUUUAGACAAUGAUAAACUCAGGGAAGUGUAUAGAGCAACAGGGGAAAUAGCUGGAGGGACCAAUGUUGAUAAUAAAUUUUUGUCUCUUAUGGAAGAAUUAGUAGGUGACCAGGUGUGGGCUGAGUUCCAAUCAGACUAUCCCUCUGCUUACAUAGAUUUAAUUAAUAACUUUCAUAGACAGAAAAAGAUAUUUUCAGCCCACAAGAAAAUGACAAUACUGAAAAUGGAAAAUGCUCUUGUAUAUGUUUUAGAACAAAGAAUGGACAAAACAUUUUCAGAUUUAAUCAAAAUGUCAAAGUAUGUUAAAGAACUGGAAUUUCUUCCAACUGAAGCCAGGUUUAUUGUAUACAGGGAUCUCAUGCAGCUUUUCUUCGAGACUUCAUUAGACAACAUUAUUAAUUUAGUGAAUAAAAUCCUCAAGGAAUGUACUGGUAGUAUUGAUACAUUGAUGCUUGUUGGAGGUUACAGCGAAUCUCCAUAUCUAAGGGAGAGAAUUCAGUCAGAAUUCACUAAUAAGAGAGUUGUCCUUGUAGAAGAUGCUAGACUGGCUGUGUUAAAUGGAGCAGUGACGAUGGGCUGGAAACCUAAAAACAUCAUACAACGUAGGUCAAGGUUCACAUAUGGAGUUGCUGCAAUGAAGCCAUUCGUAGAGGGAGAGCAUCCAGAGAGUCUGAAGUUCAUUGAGGAUGGACAGGUUUGGUGUAAAUUGGUAUUUGAGAAGAUGAUAGAGAAAGGUCAGAUAGUGGAGUAUGGACAAACAUUUAUAUUUGAAGGAUAUAGCACAGUUAGAGAACCAGAGGAGAAACAUAAGGAAAGAGAUACAUCACUGUGGAGAUCUACAAGAGAGAAUCCUCAAUACUGUAUAGAGGAGGAGAAUUGUAGUCUAGUAGGAUAUAUUUUGUGUAAACCUCCACCAGAGGGAUGGCCUGAUUACUGGAGGAGUGAGGCACAUCUCAUAGUGGGGGAGACUGAGUUCACAGUGAAAUAUUUCAAUCUUACAACAGGACACGAGUAUGAAACUCAGAUGGAUUUCUUAUAA